UUAUGGCUAUUCAGUUGGCAAUACUGACGUUUAGCAGAACAAAGAUAAUGUUAUUAUGUCGGUAAGGUUAUCUGAUCGUAAAUUACAUUUUUGGAUACAUGAAUAAUGAUAGGCCGUUGAAUUAUUAAGGCAUAGUAACUAGUGUAUUUAAUAAAGAUUUAAUUGAAAUAAUAUGACAUAAUAUUUAAAUAAAAGCAGAUCAUUUAAUGAUGAUCGCAGAAUAUGAAUCUGCCGUCGUAAUUAAGGCCAAACCAGUUCGUAAAGUAUUUAAAGCUCCAAUCAAAGUUAAUAAGAUACCGCAAGAACUUUUGAAUGAUCCAUUAUUGAAUGCAGCCGUUGCAGCUUUGCCUAAUAAUUACAAUUUUGAAAUACACAAGUCGAUAUGGAGAAUCAAAGAAACAAAAGCGAAAAGAGUCGUUUUACAAAUGCCCGAAGGAUUAUUAAUGUAUGCAACAACUAUAGCUGAUAUUAUUGAAAAUUUUACGGAUGCAGAAAGUAUUAUUAUGGGUGAUGUAACAUAUGGUGCUUGUUGCAUAGAUGAUUAUACAGCUCGAGCAUUAGAUGCAGAUUUCAUGAUUCAUUAUGGACACUCUUGUCUAAUACCUAUCGAUCAAACUAUUGGAAUUAAAAUUCUCUAUGUAUUUGUUAAUAUAAGUAUUGACAUUGUACAUUGUAUAGAAAGCAUUAAAGCAUCUUUAUUAAUUAUUUCAAAAAUUUCACUCGUUAGUACGAUACAGUUUGUAGGAACGUUACAAGCUAUUGCAAUGGAACUAAAAAAAAAUGGAUACGAAGUUACUAUACCACAGAGUAAACCAUUGAGCCCAGGCGAAAUUUUAGGUUGCACUGCGCCACAAACGCAUUGCACAGAUGCUAUAGUCUAUAUAGGAGAUGGUAGAUUUCACCUCGAAGCUGCUAUGAUUGCUAAUCCAAAUUUACGAGCAUUCAGAUAUGAUCCUUAUGAAAAAAAAAUGACAGAAGAAUUCUAUGAUCACAAAGAAAUGCGUGAAACAAGACUCUCGGCGAUUAAUGUAGCAAAGAGUGCUCAAAUAUUUGGAAUGAUACUUGGGACUUUAGGUCGCCAGGGACAUCCAAGAAUUGUGGAUCACUUACAAAAUAGGUUGAAAGCUUUAAGAAAAGAAAGUAUUAUUAUUUUGCUUUCCGAAAUAUUCCCAGAUAAAAUGAAGUUAUUCAGAAACGUAGAUAGUUUUAUACAGGUUGCAUGUCCACGUCUCAGCAUCGAUUGGGGUGCUCAUUUCCAUAAACCUUUUCUUACACCCUACGAAGGUGCGGUCGCCCUGGAGAUGGCCGAAUAUGAUAGAAAUCAAGCAUAUCCUAUGGAUUUUUACUCCGCGGCUAGUUUAGGUCCAUGGACUCCAAAUCAUAAAGAGUUUGAAUUAGAGAAACGCGUUAAUACAUGUUGUGUAUAGAUUAAUUUACAUUUGAUAACGCAGUUGCUUCGUAUAAUGAGAUCUAAAGUAACGGGUGAAAGCAAUUGGGAAGCAAAGUGGACUGAACAAGGAGUACAAGAUAGCGGUACAGUACGUCGAACAUCAAGAAAAUCAGACAAAUUUAGAUUAUCAAAGUCCCCGCGAACAUCUACAUCCAAAGAAAGAACGCUUCGUAGAUUAGAAAGUAAUGAAAGAGAAAGAAUGAGAAUGCACAGUUUGAAUGAUGCAUUCCAGUCUCUACGCGAAGUAAUUCCACAUGUUACCAAGGAAAGACGUCUUUCCAAAAUAGAAACUCUUACAUUAGCCAAAAAUUAUAUAGUUGCUCUUACGGAUAUAAUAUGUGCAAUAAGAAACGAUGAAAACCCUACUAAUCAAAAAGUUGAAAUAUCGGAAUCCCAAAAACCAGCGUGUAACGCAAAUAUUUGCAUGGACAUAAAUACACCGGCUUCUUCAAGAUCUUGCAGUCCAGAAGUUCAAAGCUUCUAUUAAAAGGAAGUACAUUUUAAUGGGUUACAAUAGAAAAAUAGUGAAACCAAAGCUACAAGUCUGUGAAAUAUUAACAAUGUAGAUCAAAAGCGAAUGUCUCAAAGUUUUAAAAAUCAUUUUACAUAAUCGUAUAACAUACCAUAUUCUUCUCAAGAUAUAGAACAUUAAUGCUAUGACAUAAGAGUAAAAACUACUCACUUUUUUUUAUCCUUUAAUUAGUUGACUUUAUAUAUUAUAUUAUUAUUAUUCGUAUACAUUUUUAUACAAUAUUUAUUGAUAAUACAUUACAGCAUCAAGUUGUUGCUGCAAACAACAAAAAUGAUAUUAACAUUCCUCAUAUCUAUCAGUAUUAUCUUUUGCAAUCUCAGUAUCAUUAUUUAUUAUAUGCUCAUUAUUAGAUGGUAUAACGUAUGCUGAAAUAGUACAAAGCAUUUAACAUUUGUUUAUUAAUAAACAAAGUAUAUCAAAGUAUUAUAAAACUAGAGAGAUAUAUAUGUUACUUUUACGAUAUAUAGAUGUUUAAUAUACGAAUUUUUUCGUGGAUGAAAAUAUUACGGAUUUACUUGCUAGAGAUAAUAUUAUUAAAUUUAUAAAUUAUUUUUUAACGUAAUAUAUAUUUAUAUCGUACUAUAAUAUAUUUUGUGAAAAAUGAAAACUGUGUAGUUGUAAUGAGUAAUUACAAACAUACAUACAUACAUACACACACAGAUAUGUAUAUAUACACGUAAUAUAUUGUAUGCACAUGAAAAAA